AUGUCCACCGGCAUUGGUUCUUUUGUUGCCGGUGGUAUUGCAGCAUGCGGCGCCGUCACAGUAACUCACAGCUUCGAGACUGUCAAGGUACGGUUGCAGCUUCAGGGUGAGCUACAAGCCAGAAAGGAUGCUCCCAAGAUGUACAGAGGUGUGCUUCACGGCAUGUCAGUCAUCUUCAAAAACGAGGGUAUCAGGGGCCUAUUGCGUGGUCUGAACUGCGCCUACGUCUACCAGAUGAUGCUCAAUGGCUGCCGUCUCGGUUUCUACGAGCCCAUUCGCACACAUACCAACUCGCUACUCCUCAAUCGCGACUUCUCGCACGCUCACGAUCCGAAAGCCACCGCAAUGCAGAACCUCCCCGUCAACAUCUUCUCGGGUGCUUCGUCUGGAAUCAUUGGCGCUGCCCUCGGCUCCCCUCUGUUCCUUGUCAAGACUCGUCUCCAGAGCUACAGUCCUUCGUUACCAGUCGGCGCACAACAUCAGUACAAGAGCGCGGCCGAUGGCUUCUCUCAGAUCUAUCGCGCUGAGGGUAUCAAGGGUCUUUACCGUGGCGUUGUCCCAGCCAUGGUCCGUACGGGUUUCGGAUCUAGUGUUCAACUUCCCACAUAUUUCUUCGCCAAGCGCAACCUCGUAAAACACCUUGGAAUGGAGGAGAGUCCUGCUCUGCAUCUCAUGUCUUCGGCCUGCUCUGGAUUUGUUGUUUGCUGUGUCAUGCACCCUCCGGACACCGUCAUGGGCCGCAUGUACAACCAGACUGGCAACCUCUACUCUAGCGCGUUUGACUGCUUGUUCCGCACAAUCAAGACGGAAGGCCCGCUGGCUGUUUACAAGGGCUUCUUUGCUCAUUUGGCUAGAAUUUUGCCGCAUACCAUCCUGACACUCAGUUUGGCCGAGCAAACCAACAAGCUCAUGCGAAGAUUCGAAGAUCGCGUCCUUCCUAGCAGACAAAAGGCAUAAGAGUGAACACUGGUAGCAGACAACUUCCGAAGCUCUCGAGCUCUCUUUCAACUGUAUAUGUUCGAUUCUCAAAGCUCUGCGAGAGCAUACCUACAAAUGAUCAGACAGCCUACAUCAGGUCAGGGAGGCCGUGAAAAGCAGACACACACUCGACUCCGACAUCAUACUCCGGUCAAGCAGUUUCGAACGAGAUCUACUACACAUCGAUCUGAAAAGAACCUGAUGUACAGUUGCACACAAGAUGAUGACUGCUGGAAGAGCAGAUGAUCAAAGUGGAUGCACGAGCAGAGACGUCUUGCAGACCGGCCAUUGUAAGACUCGGUACCUCGAAUCAUGAGGCAUGAGGCAUGUGGCAUUCGGUAUAUGGUCUCAGCAUGAGAAGCUAUAAUGACGAGGGCUCUUAGCAGACGGCUCGACUGAUCUCAA